GAAACUGGACAAGUUAUGGUCUCUGAAAAUAAUACUAAUGGCAAUGGGAAUGACCAAGCUAUUGCUUACUUUACCGAACAAAUUGCUAAGCUCAAUAUCAACCUUGCUAAAAAACAAUCUGCUAUUUCU